CAGGCAGAUAUUAAAAUUCUGUUUGCUCAAAUGUAUUUCGGAGAGUUCGCUAGCCGCGCGCGAUAAACGGACAACACGCUCAAUCGGGUCGCCGUCGUGUCCCGCUUCGACACGUACGAGAAGCUCUACAUGAGGUUUACAAAACGUUUGUUAGCUGUCUAGUACCACCAGAAACAUCCAACAACAAUGCGAACUCUACUGUAUGUUUUGGUGUUUGCAACCAGCGCAAUGUUGGUGUCGGCAGCUAACAUGGAUCCUGUUUACGAAUGGAAAUAUAUAGAUUAUGUAUGGGAAUCCGAUGCUAGAAGACAGCAGGCGAUCGAUUCUGGAGAGUAUGAUUUCUCUCGUAUUUUACCUAUGGAUGUUGACAAAGCCCCAGAUGGUCGUAUAUUUAUAUCGACACUUGGAAUGCAUGGCGUACCAGCAAGUUUGGUUAUCGUGACUGAUCAAAUGGGACCUUCUGGUCCUCUAGUAAAACCAUACCCUGAUUGGUCAUACUUCAAAACGGAAAAUUGUGACUCCAUACAGAAUGUAUACAGAAUAGCGAUCGACGAGUGUGAAAGGUUAUGGGUACUGGACACUGGUUUUUUGGAAGGUGAACGAAUAACCUGUGAACCCCAAUUGCUUGCUUUCGACUUGAAAACUGAUCGUUUGAUUGAAAGAAUCAAAAUUCCUAAUCACAUUGCUAGAGGUUCGAAUGGUCAAACGAUGCUAGCUACUCCGAUCGUUGAAACUAUUGGACAAAAAUGUGAAAACACAACUGUAUUCAUGGCCGACCCAAUGGGUAAAGGAUUGGUCAUUUGGAAUGGCGUGAGAUUAUUCCGUUUGGAAAAUCCUCUGUUCGGACCAACUCCGGGCGCGGAAAACAUCACUUCGGGCAAUUUCACAGUGAAUUGGCCCGAUACUGGUAUUGUUACUAUGGACCUCUCACCAAAGAUUUUCCCAGGCGAACAAAGCUUUCUCUACUUCCACGCUUUGUCUUCUUUGGAUCUUUAUGCCGCAAGUACCGAAGUAUUGAAACGUAGCACACACGGCAUGGCUAUCAAAUUUUUGGGAUCUAAAAAUGUAUUGAGCAGUCAAGCUAUUGGCGUUGCUUUCUCGUCUGAAGGUACACUCUUUUUAGGCAUGACCAAGGAAUCAGCAAUCGCUUGUUGGAAUAAAUACAGAGAUUUGACAUCGUACAACAUCGAAAUUGUCGCUCAAGACAGCCAUAGUCUAGAAUACGUCAACGGACUGAAAGUCAUCCGGGUGCCACACUCGAGAGACGAAGAAGUUUGGGCUCUUUCCAACCGAUUCAUAGCUUUCCAACUCGGUCAGCUGGAUGCCAAUGACUACAACUUUCGUGUACUUAAGGGUUCUGUGAAGAAACUCAUCACUGGCACGUCCUGCGAGUUACCACGUAAAACUCAAAAUGCACUUGAGAGUAUAAACAGAGGAGAGGAAAGUGUACUCAUUGUCACCGAUUGAAUUGUAUUUUGCAUUUUUACAUUCAAAGAACUGUAUAGCUUAGUUUAGUAUUUUGCAUCGUCGUUAAUAAAGUUAUGAAUAAAAUAAUAUUAAUACUACUUAGUAAUACUUGAUAAACUGCAGUAAAAAACCUUUCUUUAAAAUUUAUUCUAUUUUACUCAAUUGCGGGACCUAAAGUGCAAAAUGCUUUAACCUUAUUGGUACUAGGUUGGCAUUGAAGUGUAAUGUAAUACUGUGGAUACUCAUUUUAUGUAAAUAUUUGCUAAUUCUUAUUCUUUAAUCAGCUGAAAUGAGUUUAUAAUAACUUGAGAGGUGAAAAUAUUAAAUUAAGUAACACAGGCUUUAUACCGUUACAUGCAUACUCACACUAUAAUAAAUAACGCAAGAACUUAUAAUAAAAGAGUUAAAAUAUGUUUAUUAUUACGCAAUACAGAUAAUAGAUUACGUAUUUUAUAUAUUGUAUCGAUGACCGAAUUCGACUAACUAAUAAGACAACAGUCGAAGAGAACAACAAAAUUAGCAACGCUUUAGUUUUUAAUACGUUUGAUAUUACGGGAGCAAGUCAUAACAAAUCUAUAUAGCAAUACUAUUUAACUAUUCUUCGAUUCAACUAUUAUUCUUAACCAACUAUGUAGCUAUAAAUUAGUCUAAUUUUUAUUUAUUGAUAAAUUUAGAGCUCAGAAGACUACAGUUUUUUUGUAUGCAAUCCAAAAUUCAUCCACGAAUGAAUUAUCAACGUCGUUGAUUAGUUUCUAUCAAUUUUUUCGAUCGCAUUUGUUAUCAAACAUUUGAAAUAUUGUUAGCUUCGUCAUAU